AUGGGCACAGAUGUCACCCGCAUUGUGACAAAAAGGAAAAAGGCCUCUGUUUAUGUUUCUGUAACCGAUGAACAACUCGAGAAAUUUCCAUUUUGGGUGGCUGGCCACAACAGAAAGGAAACAGAGGAGGAGAUUAAUAAGAGGAAGAAUGAGAAAAAGAAUAAUGGAACAGCCCUUACUCCCGAGGAUGAUGUGCCCAAAUGGUUUUUAAAGAUCGGCAAAGUAUUCCUCGCUCCAAGCACUUUCGAAGCCGAUCUAUCAUCUUGGGCGCCCAACACCACCACAACCACCAACUCCUCAUCUGAUGGUACGACGAGCACUAGUGCUGUGGCUACUGCUUCUGGUGGCACAAAAAAAAGCCAAAGCAUAAAGUCCUCUGUUUCCAAAACACCAUCGAGCACAAAAGGAGCUAAAGGAAAAGGAAAAGGAAAAUAA